GCGAAGCGCAGAGCGCGCCAGCGCCGCCGCCCACGCCGCCCGCAGCGCUCGAGCCCGCCAUCAGCUGGGAGCCAUUCUACAAGCACUGGGCGGCUGCCUCUACGAGCUGCUUCUACGCGAGAGAAGGUGCAUGUUGCUAAGGGCUGUCCGUGGGCGGCAGGCAGCCGGCGGCGCCCCGGAGCCGGCAGUGGGGCUACCGGGCGGAGGCGGCGCGGGGCGACGGCGGCGGCGGCGGCGGCGGCGGCGGCAGCAGCAGCAGCAGCAGCAACAGCAGGGGAGGCGGUAACCGGACGCUCACUUGGUCUCUGCAACAGGCGCGGACGCGGCGCGCCCUAUUUCAUUUGU